AUGGGAAUAUUGAUGGUUGCAGAAAGCAGCGCAGACACGACUAUAACGCAAUGGCGUUGCAAUGCGGAUGAGUAUUCGGCAAACGAUGCUUACGCUGCUAAUGUGGAAUACAUUUUUUCAAGUUUGGUGAGUGUGACGCCCAACGUAGGCUACUAUUACAACACGCAGUCGCCCGGUGACACCGACAUCUGCUAUGGCCUGGCCACGUGCAGCGCCGCCCUCACCAACAACGAUUGCUCCGACUGCCUCUCUGCCGCCACCGCCUCCGCUAAGGAGAUAUGCCCCUUCAAAGUUGGCGCCAUGGUGCAUAUGGUCGACUGCGCCGUCAGAUAUGAGAACUACUUUUUCUACUAG